CGUUUGGAAAAACUUGCAAAUAGUAGUAGAUUAGUAAAAUAUUUUUUAUUGGCAACACCUAAUCUAUUUAUAUUUUGUUUUAAUCAAAACGCGAUAAUAACAAAACUAUAACGUUGAUGUUAGAAAUGGCUACGAACUCGACUAUGGGAAUGAAUUUUGGGCAAGCGGAUUUUGACGAAGAUGAAUUAGGUGGAGAACAGUUUCUUGCAACAAGCCACGGUCGUAAGCGACUUUUUGAUAAAGAACUGCGCUGCAUGAUGUAUGGAUUUGGAGAUGAUAAAAAUCCAUACACUGAAAGUGUAGAUUUAGUAGAAGAUUUAGUAAUUGAAUUUAUAACUGAAAAAACGCAUCGUGCAAUGGAUAUCGGACGCACUAGAAGAGUACGGAUAGAGGACAUCAUAUUUUUAUAUCGUAAAGAUUUGCGUAAAUAUGCUCGUGUCAAGGAUCUUCUAACAAUGAAUGAAGAAUUCAAGAAAGCAAGAAAAGCCUUUGAUGAAAUUAAAUAUGUUGACGCUGAUGUAAAGUUAAAGUAAUGAAUA